AUGCGCCAGCAGCUCAAAUUUCCUGACUUUGGAAUCGUGCCGACAGGAAUCUCCCCGACCUCAAUCGUCACUCAAGCCCAUAUUAGCUUCCUGAGGGACAUACAAAUGGACCCGGAAGUUGACACGGACAAGAUUCAUCAAAAGGCCGUCGCCGAAGUAGCCGCAAUCCGACUGUUCUUUCCGGAUGUGCGGACGGAAGCCAUCCAGAUUUGCAUGGCUGCUUGGCUGAGCACUCUCUGCACGAUCGAUGAUAUCCUCGAGGAGAUGGAUCCACCAGCCGCCGAAGCAGCCUUGGGACAGUCUAUUGAGAUAGUUCUCGGGCAGAAUGAGCUGGACCUGAAGGUCUAUCUGACGCCCCACAAAAAUCAAGUCGCAUUCAUCAUGACGCGGCUUCGGAACUACUGCAGCCACCACCUCACCGUACCCACGGCGGAGGACUUCCUUGCAGAGGUAGCAAACGUGUGCAAGGGCCUGGUCAGCGAGCUUGACUAUCGGGGGGGCAGCAGCACUGGUCUCGGAAAAAGGGAUCUAUCCACGUAUCUCCAGAUCCGAGUGCGCACGAUCGGGAUCGGCCCUUUCUUCGCGCUGAUCCGUCACUUAUAUUGCUCGGGAAGCCGAAAGCAGGCAGACAUGAUUGGCCUGCAACGGGCCGUCAGCUUAGCAGCUGGUCUACAAAAUGAUCUCAUUGGGCUCGAGAAGGAUCUGCGCAACGGCGAGUCCAUGAAUGCGGUUGUCGUGGCGUUGAGGGACAUGGGCCGGGAGGCCUCGGACCAGAAUUGCCUUCGCGAGGCGACCUGCCGCGUGACGCACAUUCAUAACGAGUGCGUUGAGGCUAUAUUUAUGAUGCUGGAAGGCUGGAAUAAGAAUGAGUUUGCGGGGAUGGCCGAUGAGGUGUCCUGUUGUCGGGUUAUUGCCGCGUUUGUCGAAUCUCAUAUGAAGUGGUGUGCCUCUGCGAAAAGGUAUCAGCUUACCAUUUGA